AUGGCCGGCCUGCCGCACAUCCCGGGCCCCGAGAACCUCCGCCCCUUCACCCCCGCCUCGCUGGCUGCCAUCGAGCAGCGCAUCGCCGAGGCAGAGGCUCUCAAGGUAAAGCGUCAGCAAGUGGAGCUGCCUGAGGAAGAGGAGCUCAAGCCCAGCAGUGACCUGGAAGCUGGCAAGAACCUGCCCCUCAUCUAUGGUGACCCACCACUGGAGCUCAUUGGAACGCCCCUGGAGGACUUGGACCCUUUCUACAAGGAUAAGAAGACGUUCAUAGUCCUCAACAAAGGGAAGUCCAUUUUCCGUUUUUCAGCAACCCCUGCCCUCUACUUGUUGGGACCCUUCCACCCCAUCCGCAGAGGAGCCAUCAAAGUGCUUAUCCACUCAUUAUUCAGCAUGUUCAUCAUGAUCACGAUUUUAACCAACUGUGUGUUUAUGACACUGAGCAACCCCCCGGCGUGGUCCAAGAACGUGGAAUACACCUUCACUGGGAUAUACACCUUUGAGUCCCUCAUCAAGAUACUGUCAAGGGGCUUCUGCAUUGACAACUUCACAUUCCUGCGCGACCCGUGGAAUUGGCUGGACUUCAUGGUCAUCUCCAUGGCCUACAUCACUGAGUUCGUGGACCUGGGGAACAUCUCUGCUCUCAGGACCUUCCGUGUCCUCCGUGCCUUGAAAACCAUCACGGUGAUACCAGGGCUGAAGACGAUUGUUGGGGCUCUGAUCCAGUCAGUGAAGAAGCUCUCAGACGUCAUGAUCCUCACUGUCUUCUGCCUGAGCGUGUUCGCACUCAUUGGUCUCCAGCUCUUCAUGGGGAACCUCCGGCAGAAGUGCGUGCGGUGGCCUCCCCUCAACGACACGCUGGGGGACUUGGGGCUGGACAACGACACAUUGGUCAACACAACACUCUAUGGCAACUUCACUGAUGACCUCGCCAGCAACUUCACCAGCAACUUCACCAGCAACAGCACCUUUGAUUUCGAGGCCUACAUCAACGAUGAAGCCAAUUUCUACUUUCUGGAGGGAGCGCUCGAUGCCCUGCUCUGCGGGAACAGCAGCGAUGCUGGGAAGUGCCCUGAAGGGUACCAGUGCAUGAAGGCAGGGAGGAACCCAAACUACGGCUACACCAGCUACGACACCUUCAGCUGGGCUUUCCUGGCCCUCUUCCGCCUCAUGACGCAGGACUUCUGGGAGAACCUCUUCCAGCUGACGCUGCGUGCAGCAGGGAAAACAUACAUGAUCUUCUUCGUGGUGGUUAUAUUUCUUGGUUCCUUCUACCUCAUCAACCUCAUCCUUGCAGUGGUGGCCAUGGCCUAUGCAGAACAAAACGAUGCCACGAUGCUGGAGGAGCAGCAGAAGGAGGAGGAAUUUCAGCAGCUCAUGGAGCAGCUGAAGAAGCAUCAAGAGGAGCAAGAGAAGAUGUUGCAGGACCAGCAAUCCAGCAGCGGUUCCCUGCCCGGCAGCACGGCCGAGAAGGAGCGCGACUCGGACCUGAGCGGUGACCAGGACAAGGCAAAGGACUGCAACGGGCAAGUGGUCCCCAAGGUCGUGCUGGAGCGAUCCGCUACGCUGGUUGACUUCAACCCAACCGAUGAGCCGGAGAAAUCGGACCACAAUCACCUCACUGUGGGCAACCAAGAUGGGCCAGGCCUCGAGAAGAGAGUGGGGAGCGCCAUCAGUGUCAUCUCCAACGCUGUGGAAGAGCUGGAGGAAGCCCACCAGAAGUGCCCAUCCUGGUGGUACAAAUUUGCCCACACGUUCCUGGUCUGGAACUGCUGUCCUCUGUGGCUGAAGCUGAAGGAGUUUGUCAAGUUGGUGGUGAUGGACCCCUUCGUGGACCUGGGUAUCACCAUCUGCAUUGUGCUUAACACAGUCUUCAUGGCCAUGGAGCAUUACCCCAUGACAGAGGAGUUUGAGAACGUGCUGACCGUGGGCAACCUGGUCUUUACGGGGAUCUUCACGGCGGAGAUGGUCCUGAAGCUCAUUGCUCUGGACCCCUACGAGUAUUUCCAGCAGGGCUGGAACAUCUUUGACAGCAUCAUCGUCACCCUGAGCCUGGUGGAGCUGGGCCUGGCCAACGUGCAAGGGCUCUCCGUGCUCCGCUCCUUCCGCUUGCUGAGGGUUUUCAAGCUCGCCAAGUCCUGGCCCACCCUCAACAUGCUCAUCAAGAUCAUCGGCAACUCAGUGGGUGCCCUGGGGAACCUCACGCUGGUGCUGGCCAUCAUCGUCUUCAUCUUCGCCGUGGUGGGGAUGCAGCUCUUCGGGAAGAGCUACAUGGAGUGUGUGUGCAAGAUCUCCCUCGACUGCACGCUGCCCCGUUGGCACAUGCACGACUUCUUCCACUCCUUCCUCAUCGUCUUCCGCAUCCUCUGUGGGGAGUGGAUCGAGACCAUGUGGGACUGCAUGGAGGUGGCCGGUCAGACAAUGUGCCUCAUCGUCUUCAUGAUGGUCAUGGUCAUCGGGAACCUCGUGGUGCUGAACCUGUUCUUAGCUUUGCUGCUGAGCUCCUUCAGCGCCGAUAGCCUGGCGGCAUCUGAUGAUGAUGGAGAGAUGAACAAUCUGCAGAUUGCUAUUGGCAGGAUCACCAAGGGGAUCGACUUUGUAAAGUCCUCUGUCCUCAUGCUGCUCCGCAGGCUGUGGAAGGGGAAGAAGGUGGCCCCAGAGGAAGAGCAAGAGCCCAGUAAGAGGGACAACUCUGUGUUAAACCAUGUGGACACUGGCCAGGAGCCCAAGUCAGAGUACCUGGAUGGAGUUGCUGGCAAAGAGCAUUUUUUUAUGGAUGAACUGGACCACAUGAAUUUCAUUAACAACCCCAACCUGACGGUGCAAGUGCCCAUUGCCUCGGAGGAGUCUGACCUGUACGAUGAGACGAGCACCCAGUCCGACACCGAAGACGCCAAG